AUGUCUUCAGAAGAAAGGGAGGACCUCAUCUCAGGAAAGAAGUCGAAGGAAAAGGGGAAGGAAAAGGAUAACCAAAGUGAGGAUGGCCUGGAUCAACCCUAUCUACCACGGGACUUAGCUGAGGUCUCAAAGUUCACACGAAGGAUUGCAGAAGCACCAAUGCCCCCCAAAACAAAGUUACUCCCAAAUUUUGACCGCUAUGACGGGACAAGAGACCCUGAAGAUCAUCUUCAUGCCUUCAGGGGAGCAGGGCAAUUUGGGCGAUGGUCCAUGCCUGUAUGGUGCCACAUGUUUAUACAAACUCUGACGGAGGGAGCCCGACUUUGGUUUGACAGCCUCCCUCUAGGGGGAAUCGAUAGUUAUGAAGAGUUAAGCGAGAAAUUCCUCAGGAACUUUGGCCAGCAAAGAAAGGUGGUCAAGAAUCCAAAUGAGAUCCUCCACAUAAGGCAGAGGGACAGUGAGCGAGUAGAUCAGUAUAUGGAGAGGUUCAUCAAGGAGAGCAUGAACACCAAAGAUGUCCCGGAGGUCAUGAAGAUCAGCAGUUUCAUAAACGGGCUAAAGCAUGCACAACUGUAUGAGAAACUAGGGGAGGAGUUCCCCCACUCGUUUGACAACCUUAUGGACAGGGUCAGAGCCUUUGUCAGAGGAAAAGACACGGUCAGCAAAGCUAAGGAGAUGGACGUCACAACUCGAAGGAUCACCCCAGCUGCAAAGCCUCAAUACAAAGGUACACCUUACUCCAAAAAACCCGCUUUUGAUAGAAUGUUGCACGACAGAGCAAGGCCCUCAUAUUCCCCGUAUAGACCUCGAAGGAGAGGCCCCCCACCUUACUCUGAUCAUUUCACCCCUCUCACCAAGACCCCAAGUGAGAUACUGGCCACUGAGAGGGUAAAGAACUCCUUCCCGAGGCCACCACCCAUAAAGCCUGGGCCAAAGGCACAGCCUAACGAGUAUUGUGACUUCCACAAAGGUUUUGGGCAUAAAACCGAUGACUGUAUGUAUUUAAAAAGAGAAAUAGAGGUUGCAGUGAAGACGGGAAGGCUGGCCCACUUGGUUAAGGAAAUUAAGGAGGGGGAGGGGACCGCAAGGGAAGAGAUGUAA